AUGACUGGCCAGACUAAGGAGGGCAUCAUUGCGCACAUGAACAAAAGCCAUAAGCUGGCUUUGGAAGAUUACCUCUAUGCUUACGGCAAAGUACCCAUUACGGACAAGAUUGCCAAUGUGAGACUUCUGUCGAUCGAUUUGACCCACAUGGUGAUCCAGUUCAACCAUUUCGACGUAGAGUUUGAAAUUGAAAAAACAGUAGCAUUUGAGCCCGCUAUUGAGGACUGGACGCAAGCGAGGCCUCGACUGGUCGAGAUGGCCAAAGUAGGUGCGAAGCAAAGGGGUUAUUCGCACAUACAAAUCAAUGAAAUGAGCUAUCCAAAAACGGUGCGGGAAUACACGAUUCUUGCAUUGGUGUUCUUACCGCUGGCGUGCUACUAUAAACGUGAAUUUCUAAACUACAUCCCAGUCGUAGGUCCGAGAAUGAACAAUGGAGCUCUGCUCAUCGGCAUUCAAGUGGCCGCUUUCGCUAUCCAUAUCCUGGAAUGCAUUUACAUUUUGAAACCAAAACUCGAUUUCUACAGAGUGCCGACAGACUUUCUCAUCGAGUGGUACCUCUUUGGAAUGCUUGAAGGAUUUCCUGCCAUCCAGAGAUUCAACAAGCUUGUGGAGUCCAAGACUGACUGA